CUUUACUGACGUGGCACCAUAUUCAGAACACCACGUGCCACCACCAUGACACCUUUACCUGAGAAUUCUGCGAGCGGUGGUAAAGAUGUGACCCCAUCAACACCGUACACAGGUGAACCAGGCGGUCAUGUCGGACCAUUAUCCUCCCAAGAGACACCCGGAGCUGAGGACGUUCCAGUUGAACCCCGCUGGUUACUGCCCCAAAGUCGGCUGAACUCGUCACGAUUCCGCUGUUUUAUUGCUCUACUAACUCUCGUACUCUUCAUCGUCAUCAUUGUCAACCUAGGCCCAGCCGAACAGACGUCCAACCACCCCAAAUCCAAAAUAAAACACUUCGCCUCGUUAGGAUCUUCGUUCGCCGCUGGCCCCGGUAUUCCUCCCCAAGUCAAUCCGAGAGCAGCUGGGCGUUCGGGACAUAACUACGGCGCCCUACUGGCUGCUCACCUUGGAGAUGUCACCUUCACGGACCUGUCCGUAUCGGGAGCUACCCUGCUCAAUCUCAUUACGCAACCGCAGCUUACAUCGGGCCAUGUCUUUGCGCCGCAGGUGUAUGACCUGCCUGCCGACGUAGAUCUCGUGCUUGUGUUGGGCGGUGGGAAUGAUCUGGACUAUAUUGGAGGCCUGAUGCGGGAUCAUGGUGCCGUUGUAGAUAGCUGGGGCUUCUGGGAUAACAAUGGAGAGUGGGUGUCGGGCCCCAAGACGGUGGCGCUCGGUAGUGCCGAUGCGCUGGCGAGGCGGUACGAAACCGUAUUGGAUGCUGUGCACACAGCCGCUCCACAGGCGAUAGUUCUGGUGAUUGAAUAUUUGACUCUCCUCGGCCAACACUUCCAGCCAGGCCAGCACGCCCCCUUUGGGUACUCCAGGGCUGCGUAUCACAUGGAAACCGCCGAAAUGCUGCACAAUGGAACUUUACAGGCCGUUCAGGGGCGAGAGGCUUGGUGCCAUGUCGUCGAGGUUGCCAGACUCAGCGAGGCUCAUGGCAUUGGUUCUCCGGAGCCCUGGGUUACCGACUUUAGGGGUAUAUCUAUUCGUGCUGGUGAUGUUCCCUAUCACCCAAAUCUUGCUGGCAUGAAGGCCGUUGAAAGCAUGCUGUUUCAUAAGCUGGUACAGCUCGACUUGAUAGCCUAACACCAAUGCUUCUAUCUUGGAAGUGGAAAUUCCAAUGUCCGGACUAAACCGACAAAUCUUCCUCGUUCGACUUGGUUCUUCAAUGGGCACCUAGGAACUCGGUGAUAAAAUAUGCUGUCAGGGCCAGACUAUGCAAGUACUCCGCGGUAAUCAAAUACGUGGAAUGUGUAAGAUCUAUACCUCCAAAGAUCACCUUCUAAGACUUAUGUCACUAAGAUUCAUCUUCCUCACAAUAUAAAUAUUGAAAACUAUUAUUAUUAUUAUUAAAUACGCCGUAGGCUCGAAGCCCCCGGUACCUCUACUAGUACUCCCGUAUGUCAAACCGUGCCCUAAUGGC